AUGGAGCUGGAAUUGAUCUGCACAGACUGUAACAUGGUGUUUCGCUCCACUGAGCUGCUUGGGAAACAUAAAGCGCUGCUCUGCAUUGGGAACGAGGUAGGACACCUUCGGGUGCAAAGACGCAGCUCUGAACUUCUCAUGAGGGACAAACCUGAAUUUCGGGACUCUAAACAGACGAGAAUCCCUGAUCUCAGUCAGCUGAGAGCUCACCGAAGGAAAAUCCCCAAACCAAAGUUAGCGAGAGCAGAGGGCACGCAAACCAGUCAGACAGAGAAUGCUGCUCUGCAAGAUCUCAGACAUGAGUUUCACAAAUUGAGGAUGUCCAUUGAAGAAAAUCUGCAAAAAUGGUCACAAAGGACCACAGAUACUGAGACGAGUGGGCGUCAGUUUGGUCACAGUGAGAGACUGGAAGAGAUGAGGGAAAUGACGAAGCUCCACCAGCACCAACUGGCCCUGAUACAUACUCACAACCAGGAGCUGGAGCAGCAGAGGGACGAGCUGGCCCAUCAGAUGAGUGUCCUAUCCGAGCAGAGCAACACCACUCAUCUGGAGAGUGUGCUGAUGGAGCUCAGAGAGCAGGAGGAGAGAAACGAGGAGAUACUGCAACAAAUCUCUGAACACCUCAGUGCAUCACACGUGCGAGAGGACUCGGUACAUGCUAAUCAGCCAGAUCCAUGCAAGAAUAAAAAAAUGGAUCAUGACAGCUACAAGCUCAUUUCUUCUUCGGAUGGCCCUCUCUCUACCCAGAUAAAAGCCCUGUGGCAAGCAUACAUGCAGUCCAGUGGGUCUGAUCCAGCCAUUGUGGCACAAAUGAUUGACCUCCAGGUGGAAGCCCGAAGUCUGGAGAAUAAACAACCAGCGACAUCAAGCGAGUCCGAAAAGAAGAAGGUGAAGCCUCCUCGGUGGAGUCCGAGAAGGGAGCUGCUGGCUGUGGAGCAGGAGAACCAGAGACUUGAGGAGGAGAUCCUGAGGAUCCAGCUGGUCAGGGAUCAACACCAAACAUAUGACGCGAGUACUGAGCUUGAGCUGAUUCAGAGGGAGAACCUCCUGCAGAUCGGCAGUUUACAGGCAGAGAUGGAGAGAAGCAAAGAGGGUCCCAGGACCAUGAAACAGCCUCCGAUGCCUCCCCAACUCCGACCCCAGACCCACAUUCAUGCACCUCUCUCACUGCUCCAGACGAGAUCUCUCUCCUCUCCAACGGGAAGAUGGAUGUCGGGUUCCUUGGACUCUCUGGGUCCGGCCCCCUACGACCCUGCGGCCGGUUUUGUGGUUUUUUACGACCUGAUGCUGGGAGUGGAUGUCUCUCAGAGGGCGCUGUGCCUGGUGGCAGCUCUUUACUCAGAAGGUCAGGAGGUGGGACCGCCGACUCCCCUUCCACCUGUCCAGUGCCUGUCAGGAGGAACCCUGCCUUACACCCACAGCGCCACCCCUACAAACUACGCCCUCCUGUCGGUCAAACAGCCUGUGCCCAGGAUCCAGCCAUCAGCCUCCCUCUCUCUGGUGGUGGAGGUGCAGACAGCAGGAGAUGUGGAUGCUCACAGUCAGGAGGUCUUCAAACUGGCAUCCUGUGGCUGGACACGGAUGGAUCUCUUUGACAAAUACAACCAGCUCCGUAGUGGCCACUGGAGGUUGCCAGUGCGCAAUCUGCCUGUUAGAUCCUCCUCAAGCCCUGCCCAGCUCAACUCAGUGCCCCAGGUGGGCAAAAUGGAGCUGUGUGUACGUUUGGUCAACGGACGAGACGCAGAUGUUCAGACUCUGGCUAAGCCUGACCCGACUAGCACCGGUCACUAUAAAUAUCCAGCUGUGGUAGGGUGUCCUCACGUCCUGCGACUGUCCAUGGAAAUGCAGCUCUGGCGGUUUCAGCGCCUCAGCUCACAGGAUUGGAUUAACUCUCCUCCCUUUUUGUCCUACACUGAUCACCAAAGGCCUCCACUCACCGAGAGCGGUCAGAGGUGA